AUGACGGUCACAUACGAGACUCCCGCUCGGGGGUCACAGACCUCUGUGGCGCCGCUAGAGGACCGCUUCGAGGUGAUGAAGGAAAUCGGCGAUGGAAGUUUUGGUAGUGUUGCCGUGGCUCGGGUACGAACCGCGGGUGCUCAUAUCGCUCGCCGAGGGACCAUGGUCGCCAUCAAAACUAUGAAGAAAACCUUUGAUUCUUUAGCCCCGUGUCUGGAGCUGCGAGAGGUGAUAUUCUUGCGAACAUUACCCGUGCAUCCGCAUCUGGUUCCUGCGCUCGAUAUCUUCCUCGACCCCCUCUCUCGCAAGCUGCAUAUCUGCAUGGAGUACAUGGACGGUAACCUGUACCAAUUGAUGAAGGCUCGGGACCACAAGUGUUUCGAGGCGAAGCACGUGAAGAGCAUCCUGUACCAGAUCCUGUCUGGGCUGGACCACAUCCAUGCGCAUCACUUCUUCCACCGUGACAUCAAGCCCGAGAACAUCCUGGUGUCAACCUCCGCUCCCAAUGACUCUGCCUUCAGCCGCUACUCCAACCUCGUCACUCCCCCCUCCACCCCUCCUACCUACACCGUGAAGAUCGCCGACUUUGGUCUCGCCCGCGAGACCCACUCCAAACAGCCGUACACGACCUAUGUCUCGACACGGUGGUACCGGGCUCCCGAAGUGCUUCUGCGUGCCGGAGAGUACUCGGCUCCAGUGGAUAUGUGGGCAGUUGGUGCGAUGGCAGUCGAGAUUGCUACGUUGAAGCCCCUUUUCCCGGGCGGCAACGAGGUCGACCAAGUAUGGCGCAUCUGCGAGAUCAUGGGCAGUCCAGGCAACUGGUACAGCAAGUCUGGCUCCAAGAUUGGCGGCGGCGAGUGGCGUGAGGGAUCUCGACUGGCCCACAAGCUGGGUUUCACAUUCCCCAAGAUGGCUCCGCACGCGAUGGACACCAUUCUGCAACAGCCGCAAUGGCCGGCUGCCCUGAGCGGGUUCGUCACUUGGUGUCUCCUGUGGGACCCCAAGAGCCGCCCGACUUCCACUCAGGCACUGAACCAUGAAUACUUUGCCGAUGCCGUGGACCCGCUGCGACCCAAGUCUUCUACGUCCUCGCGCCUCCUGGGCCGCAAGCACUCUGAGAAGAGCUUCAAAUCCCCGACUCUUUCUCCCAGUGACUCCCCCACUCUGUCCUCGAAGCCCUCGUGGUUCCGCCGCUCCCUGAUCGGGCGAUCUGAUAGCCCUGCCCCGACCCUGGAGAAUGAUAGCCCGGUCCGACCUCCCGCCGUUUCGCAGAAUACCGCCCCUGAGGUGCCGCCCAAACCCAGACCUGCCAACACCAAGCGGGCGACCUGGGCCAAUGGCGCUCCGAUGCCUAUUCUUCCUUCAAUUCGACCUGUUUCUCCCCUUUCCAACUCCGUCACGGCUCAAGCCAAUGCGAUGGUGGCGCAUGGCGAGAAGACCAAGACCUCUGACACGGAAGCCAGCAAGGCCAGCAAGAAGAUAGGCCGCCAACUGUCUGUCAACUCCAAUGGGAACCACUACUCAGACGCCCAUCGCCAAGAAGCCGAGCGGAUGCUGAGUGGCUCCGGCAACAUUACCCCCACCACCAAGGAAAGUUUCUUCUCGCAUCUGCGCAAGCGAGCUCGUCGACUCUCUGGUCGCAACCAAGCAAAUGCUGCUCCCGAUGACAUCGAAGCCAAUGCCGGUUGCAUCCCCUGGUCCAACCGCUCUUCUAUGGCCCUUGACGGGGCACCGACAGAGUCGAAGCCCAACUCUGACUUGAGCGAGCUGGACAAGGCUCUCCAGAGUGUGAAGUACUCCUUGGACACGUCCACUCUCAGCAAUGUCCCGGUGCAGUUGAACUCUGGGGCUGACGGCAAGCCUAUCAAACGUCAAUCCAUGCCCCAGGCUACUACCACGAAUCCCGGUCCCAUCUCCAGCAGGACCCGACGUGCGUUGCAAAUGUCGACGCACCCAGUCCACCGGUACGAGACGCCCGAGGAAGAAGAUGAGCUGCUGGAUGAGGUGUUGCACUCGGCCAGCAAGGCCGCCAAACGCCUUGCGCAGACGCAGUCAAUGGCCGCCGAAUCACCCAGUGUUCACCGUCAGACCGACAACUCGCACGCUCUGCCGAGCCCAUACCCCACGCCGUCGCCCACUGCUAAGCCCACUGGCAUCACCUUCAGUGAUCAAGCGACGCCGAGCAAAUCAGCCACCCACAAGUUGGAUCCCGCGACCUCGAACCGCCACUGGCCCACUCCCCCAUAUGAGGAGGCCGAGUGGACUCACAAGUCAACCGAUUACUUUGGCUCGGGAACCAACUUCAUCUAA